AUGUUGGGUACUAGUUUAGACAUGAGCUCGGCUUAUCAUCCUCAAACGGAUGGUCAAACGGAGGUAACUAAUAGGUCGUUGGGUAACCUACUUCGCUGUCUUGUGGGAGAUUCUAUCAAGACUUGGGAUUCUAAGCUUCCUCAAGCAGAAUUUGCUUAUAAUCAUUCCCUCAAUCGGAGCUUGGGAUACAGUCCAUUUCAGGUCGUGUAUGGUCUUCUUCCUCGUGGUCCUCUGGAUUUAUCUACUUUGCCGGACCGCACACGUAUUCAUGGUGUCGCCGAUGAUUUUAUUGACAACAUUCAUAAUGUUCAUACACAAGUCGUCACCAAUCUCGAGUCAUCUUCUUCAAAGUAUAAGGCUAUUGCUACUGCUGAUUCUCAACACCGCCGUGUAAUCUUCAAACCAGGUAAUCAUGUUUGGGCAUUUCUCACUAAAGAUCGUAUGCCAGCCCAUUCGUACAACAAACUUAAGGCUAAGAAGAUAGGUCAUCUCACUGUCUUGGAACAAAUUAAUGACAAUGCAUACCGUUUACAACUUCCCGCCAACAUCAACACUUCCGAUGUCUUCAACGUACGUUACCUCUCUUGUUAUGCUCCACCAGACCCGGUUCCUGAUUCGUGGUCGAAUCCUUCUAACCCCGGAGGACCUGAUGCAACAACAUGA